ACUCAGUUUUCCUCUCAUGUUUCUUUGAGUUCUGCUCUUGCACAAUUCUGUUGUUGACAUCUCUGCAGCUUUUACACAGACUUAUGCAGCAUGCAUGUUAAGAUGAGUGGAAGAAGAAAUAGUUCCCAUCCUGCAUAAUGAUGGCAGAGGAUCGGACAGCAGAGAGUGUAGCGGAGCCGCUCACCACAGUGACAGGCGGCAGUAAACCCCUGCACCGCUUCCUCAGAGGAGAACCCAAGAGUAUCGGAAUUGUGCUGAUGAUGAUGGGUGUAUGUCUAUUCAUGUUUGGAAUUAAUAUGCAAUUGGAUGUGACCAACUCAGCAGAUCUGUACAGUCCAUUCUGGCUCGGGGCUCUGUUCUUCAUCUGUGGCCUCCUGUAUAUACUGUCUGAACGCAACCCGAGCAAAAAGAUUAUCACAGCUAGCUUUGCUCUGAGUAUCGUCUCAACUUUUGGAGUGAUAUGUGCUUGCAUGACCUUCUUCAGAGCUAUUUUUGAACAAUCUAUGCACUGGUCUUAUUCAAAUGACACUAACACAGAGGAGGAGCUUUAUGCCAAACUACAUUAUAAGCCGAUUGGUAUAAUGGAGCAAGUGUUCCUCAUUCACAGUUUAAUCGGAGGCAUGCUGCUCGUAACAAUGUCGUUCUUUGCAAGGUCAGCACUGCGUUCCAGCAGGACUCAGGCUGUUGUUGUGAUGUGUAACCUGCCUUCAGUUGAGUGAACGAACCAUCUAAGAAAACCAAAUUCACCUGAACAUCCACUGGCAUCCAUAUUUUUUACAUUACUGCCAUCUGGGAGUUCAUUUAUAAAAUUCUACAUUUCUAAAAAGUACUAAACCUAAUGUCUGCUAAUGCUACAUUUAAACAGAUAGUACUCUAAAGGGUUUGCUUAUGUCACUAAAAUAACACAUCAUAGUGUACUACUAGAACAUAAAAAAGACAAAUGUUGGAGCACCCCCGUUUCAGGAAUGGUGCUCGGAGAUGGGGAGAGUGGCGGCCUUAGAGGAGGGGUCUUAUAGAAGACUGGGGAAUCCGGAUCUGUUUGUGGGAAAAUGGGGUGGAUAUUUAGCAUUCUUGGAGGGUUCUCGGGUGGAAUAGUGGAGAGAGAGGGGUAACUGUCAGUGUGUGUGUUUUUUAUAUUUGUAUAUAUAUGUAUUUUUAUUAUUAUUAUUAUUAUUAUUAUUAUUAUUAUUAUUAUUAUCUUUUUUCAUCUUUUAGUUGUUUGGUUUUUGUUUUUGUAUUCUUCUAUAUGUGUUCAUCUAAGACCACAGAGAUGUUUGUUGAGGUUUGGGGUUGGGGUCGGGGAGGAGGAGGGGUGGUAGUGGGUGUUAAAGUUGAUUUUGUGUAUUAAUAAUUAUGUUUUGUUUUCCUGUGUUUGAACUAACAUUAAAUAAAAAUGUUAAUCGUAAAUAAAAAAUAAAAAAGACAAAUGUUUAUGCAUCAACUUCUGUUUUGUAUGAUUCUAAAUUGUGUAUAAUUAACUGUUAACUGUUAAUUGUCUGCUCAACCGGUGCAGUAUUACAUUGGCCAUGUUUACAGCUGGUAUUAAGAUGCCUCUCAGAGGGUUGCCAACCAUCCCGUAUAAUACGGAAUCAUCCCGUAUUUGAGGGAAACAAGUUGCGUUCUGUAUGAAAUCCAUACGGGAAACCUUUUGUCCCGUAUUUUAGUGUCUCCCACCCAAACUGCAGAGAAUGUUUAAUAAAUCAUGAAAAUGGACCUAAAACACACCUUUGAAGUGAGUUGUGUGAGAUAUCGGCUGUUAAAAGUUACAUGGACACGACACUUGAGCGGCCUGGGAAAAGAUCAAUGAAAACCAGCGCACAUGAUAACUGUUUCUCACCAUAGUGAUUUAAAAAACACCAGUAAUUAGACUACUUUGCAUAUUUCAGUGCUCGUUCUGGAAGAGAGAUUCAGCUAAAUGAUGGUGAGAGAUACUGCAGAACAUUUUAAAAGUAGGCUUCAAUACAGUACAGGUUUAGUAAAAAACACUUUUUUUUUUUUUUACUUUUUGUGAUUUUUUUUAUUUUACAUUUCCCUUGUGAUAAACACUUACUGACAAAACAACAACACUGUAAUCCAAGGAGAAAUACACUAUUUCAUGUAAAGCUUUUUCUCUCCCACAAAAAACAAUUUUAAUGGAUGGUUACUACUAAGACUUGUCCUGAGACAAAAAUACUAUUUUUUAUUAUACUAAAUAUAAAAUACUAUUUUUGACACAUUAGUCAUAUAGCCUUCUUUCUACAAACAGAUGACCCAGAUUUUUAGAGUUGGGGCACUCGAGUUCGGACUCGAUGCAAUUUUACUCGGACUUGACUCGGACUCAAGCCUUUGGGAGUCCAACUGAGUCCAUGGCAUUUGUGAUGCAAUGAAAAAAAAUAAAAAUAAAUAAAUAAAUAAAUCUAUUUCUGCAUGCAGCUGUAGCACCCCCUGAAGUCGUAGAUGUAGCCAGAGUUUGUUUCACCAUGUUAAGCAAAAACACGCACACACACGCACAGUCACACUCAAUAGUCUACAUUUAAAUGUUACUAUAAAGACUACAGUUUAACAUGGAUUAGGUGUGGUGGCAUGACGAAAACAUAAAGACAGGUAUGUAGCCACUGUACUAGAAACAAGGCAGUUUCGCAUGGCACGGGACCUGACAACUGGUAAAAUUGCACAUGCCAUUUGUGCCUGCAUUGCGGUUUCAUCGUGAUUAAGAACUUCAGAUCAAGAACUUUAUUGAGUCACCCACAUCAUGAUAGUUUACUAAAAACAACAUUUUAAAAUACAAUUCAGAAAAAUAGUUUUAAUAUUGGUCUAUUAAGUCUUUUUAGGCGUAAUGUAUCCACACAUGGAGGCUUCUGUAGUCUCUUGUGAUCCACGCAGUGUUGUCAGCUUGAAAUGGUGCAUAAUAGCUCGAUGAAUUAACGGUGUACCUUUUUAAGUAAAAAAAAUAUUUAAUGCUAAAGCAGACAGCAACUCUAAACAGAUAAACAGCACCUAAUUAUUAUUGAUUUACUAUUUUCAAAGCAUUCAAAGCAUACACUAUAAAAUUUAUUAUUCGAUGGCAGAGUUUGUGUAUGAAGCUACUUUAUGUAACGAGUUGAAUUUAGUUGGUUAUUAAAUUUUUAAUUUAAUUUAAUUUUUACCACCGGGUAACUUAUGCACAUAUUAUUUUUGCCUAUAUCUUAUAUAUAUAUAUAUAUAUAUAUAUAUAUAUAUAUAUAUAUAUAUAUACAUUAUAUUGCCAAAAGUAUUCGCUCACCCAUCCAAAUAAUUGAAUUCAGGUGUUCCAAUCACUUCCAUGGCCACAGGUGUAUAAAAUGAAGCACCUAGGCAUGCAGACUGCUUCUACAAACAUUUGUGAAAGAAUGGGCCGCUCUCAGGAGCUCAGUGAAUUCCAGCAUGGUACUGUGAUAGGAUGCCACCUGUGCAACAAGUCCAGUCGUGAAAUUUCCUCGCUACUAAAUAUUCCACAGUCAACUGUCAGUGGUAUUAUAACAAAGUGGAAGCGAUUGGGAAUGACAGCAACUCAGCCACGAAGUGGUAGGCCACGUAAAAUGACAGAGCGGGGUCAGCGGAUGCUGAGGCGCAUAGUGCGCAGAGGUCGCCAACUUUCUGCAGAGUCAAUCACUACAGACCUCCAAAGUUCAUGUGGCCUUCAGAUUAGCUCAAGAACAGUGCAUAGAGAGCUUCAUGGAAUGGGUUUCCAUGGCCAAGCAGCUGCAUCCAAGCCAUACAUCACCAAGUGCAAUGCAAAGCGUCGGAUGUAGUGGUGUAAAGCAGGCCGCCACUGGACUCUAGAGCAGUGGAGACGCGUUCUCUGGAGUGACGAAUCACGCUUCUCCAUCUGGCAAUCUGAUGGACGAGUCUGGGUUUGGCGGUUGCCAGGAGAACGGUACUUGUCUGACUGCAUUGUGCCAACUGUGAAGUUUGGUGGAGGGGGGAUUAUGGUGUGGGGUUGUUUUUCAGGAGCUGAGCUUGGCUGCUUAGUUCCAGUGAAAGGAACUCUGAAUGCUUCAGCAUACCAAGAGAUUUUGGACAAUUCCAUGCUCCCAACUUUGUGGGAACAGUUUGGGGAUGGCCCCUUCCUGUUCCAACAUGACUGCGCACCAGUGCACAAAGCAAGGUCCAUAAAGACAUGGAUGAGCGAGUUUGGUGUGGAAGAACUUGACUGGCCUGCACAGAGUCCUGACCUCAACCCGACAGAGCACCUUUGGGAUGAAUUAGAGCGAAGACUGCGAGCCAGGCCUUCUCGUCCAACAUCAGUGUCUGACCUCAUAAAUGCGCUUCUGGAAGAAUGGUCAAAAAUUCCCAUAAACACACUCCUAAACCUUGUGGAAAGUCUUCCCAGAAGAGUUGAAGCUGUUAUAGCUGCAAAGGGUGGGCUGACGUCAUAUUAAACCUUAUGGAUUAAGAAUGGGAUGUCACUUAAGUUCAUAUGUGUCUAAAGGCAGAUGAGCGAAUACUUUUGGCAAUAUAGUGUAUAUAUAUAUAUAUAUAUAUAUAUAUAUAUAUAUAUAUAUAUAUAUAUAUAUAUAUAUAAAACACUUUUGAAGGACAAUUCUGUUAAAUUUAAGACUCAAUAUUAUUAUUUUUCAUGUUUUUGCGGUUAAAGAAGACCUCAUUGAAAUUCUUUGGUUGGUAUUUAAAGAUUCCAUAAUGACUGUAGACUAACGCGACUGCCGCUCAAGCAAAUAUCAAAUAUUUUUAUCUUUGGCGUCAGCUGCUGCCAGACGCACACGGAUUCAUCAGGGAUUUAGGUGCAUGAGCAGCACGCAGAACUGUUUUCCACUAAUGAACUAUGUCUGUGUUAAAUGGCCCCAAUAUUAGCAGUAGGCUUUUCCAGUGUUUUUGGAUAUAACAUUUGCAGUCAAAUCGUGAGAUGUCAGCGAGUGCUAAUGACUACUAUGUUGUCUCAUUUGUAUGUGUUUUCCCAAACCAGUCGGCAGGUAGAGUCUCACAGUAUAGACUAUUAUUUCUUUAGAUAGGGAUCAUUUUAGAUAAAACUAAACUAAAUUGAAAGGACAAAUUGAAAAUGUAGUAGAAAUAAAAACUAAAUUAAAAUUAAAACAAGUUUAAUUUACUUUAGUCUAUGUUUGUUUUUGUCAAGUUUUUGUUACAUUUAUAUAUUGAAAAAUAGUUUUUCUUAGUUGUGAAAGUUAAAAUAAGCUUAAAAUAUUGAUGUUGAGUUUACGGUUACAAUUUUCAAAUUCAUUCGGACUCAACUCAGACUCCGCCUGUUAUGGACUCGGUCUUGAGUCCGACUCGGCCCCUUUUGGACUCGGACUCGACUCGGACUCGAACACAACACAAAAAAUUUUUUAACAGGAAGCCGGUUCUUUGAGCUAUAAAAAUGGAAAAGGCUUAAGUUAAUUAUUUGGAAGAAAAUGCUUCAUAUAAAAAAUAUUGUCUUUCUCUAUUGAUUGCAGCUUAGUUCUUUUGACAAAAAAAUCAUGUUUAUUAAAAGUGAAUAUUGAUAGAAAUUAGUUUUUUCCUGGACAUUGUAUUAAAGUUUUCAUUUUAAGUGUAUUAGGGGCUGUUCACAUGGUCACACCGAACAUAUUUUUGUGUCUGUCUGCCCUGUUUUUUAAUGAUUUUCUAUGUAAACAAGCUUUAGGUGGAUCUCAUGCUGGAGCCUCGCUGGAAAAAAAGUGUUCCGUAUUUAAAGCUGGAAUGUCCCAUAUUUGGCUGGUAGAAAGUUGGCAACCCUACUCUCAGGUGAUCUGAUCACAAGUGUUCAGUGCUAAAUGCAGGUGUAAACAGGGUCCAAAGCGGUUUUUGAUCGAAUCACUGAAGCCACAUUUACAUGUGUCCAAAUCAGACUCUAAACACUAAUGCAUCCUGAUGUGUCCCUGACAGGACCGCAUACUCGCCUGUCAAUCAGCAAUGCAACCAAAACCACAUGUUUAAAGUUGAUGCUUAUGUAUGACUUUAAAAGGAAACAGUUCAAUCAAAUAAUCUGGAAAAACUCAAAAAGACUUUAUAGAGUAUUUUAAGUAUGGCAUAUGCAGUGAAAUAUCAUUCGCUUUAGAUAAAAGUUUGUGCUAAAUAAAUAAAUGUAAAUGAAUGAAUGUGAAGUGACCACAUGCUCUGUUAAUACAGAUACUGCAGUACAGAGACUAAAAUAACGAUGAACAUUCCCUUUUUAAUGUCAUUUGUAAUGGAUUAAAGCAUGCUCUGUUUAAGAGCAACAAUGUGCCAUUAUUUCUGUUUAAUCAUAAUGCAGUGACACUGAUGAAUUUAGUGAUGUAUACGGUCAUGAAAUCACAACAUUUUAAAAUUACAAUACUGACAUCUGUGGUGUUUUGUUUACAGCUGGAAUAAUCUUUCUACACAUUAUGGUCUUUUUUAUAUUCUUCCAUUUGUUGUUCUUUUGUACAAUGUGUCUCAUGUUUUGUACUUGAAUAAAUAAUCAACUCUGACA